AUGACUGCAUCAUUUGAGUAUCGAGCUAUUCUAAGUAAGAUAGAAGAUCUCGUGUCGGAUGAAGAUAGACAACGAUUGAAUUUUCUUCUCGGUGAUGAUCCUUCACAAAUUUUGAGCGAAAACUCUCUAAUUGGCGAAGCAUUCUGUGCACUUGAGGCGUUUUUCGAGGGGAACACCAUAAGCGAUCAGGACUAUGAUUAUUUCAUCACAGUAUUCAUGACUAUUCACUGUUAUGAUACUGCCAAACGGUUGAAAGAUUAUCACGCGAAUGAAAAUCAAGGAACUGUUUCGAUUGAAGAGAUUUGCUCACAUGACAAUGAAGAAGAUAAGAUUGGACAUACUGCAUUGAUGUUUGAUCAGUCUGAUCGCUGGACGUCUGCAGAAAGUAAAACGUCAACGAGUUCAUCAGUAUUCGUGCACAAUAGAAAGCAACUUGAUGCUAAUCAAUCCUAUUGGAGUAAUCGAAUAUUGAAAAAAUCAUUCAACGUUUACCACCGGAUGUUAAUCAGCAUUAUUGUUCUUCUUGGUGUAAUCAGUCUUCCAUUAGUUAUUGUUCAAACACGGAAGCAUAUCGAACGUUCUUCACAACUCAAACAAGCUGCCAAAUUUAUCAAUGCUGCACAGCAGUAUUACAUAAAUGUACAAUACACAAAAGCUCUUGAAAACUACGACAAAGCUCUCGCCAUUCAAACAACAAUUUUCGCCGAAUUCCACCCAGAUUUAGCCGCGCGCUACGAAAACAUAGGUUUAGUGUAUUUUGAUAUGGGUCAUCAUUCAAGAGCUCUAGAAAACUAUCAUAAAGCACUGGAUAUCCUACAAAGAGCCCUUCCGUCAACCCAUCCUGACCUAGCUAGCUUGUACAGCAACAUAGGUUUAGUGUAUUCUCGAAUGGGCGAUCACUCGACGGCCCUUCAGAACUAUGACAAUGCACUUCAAAUUCAGCAGAAAAUUUUACCACCAACUCAUCCAGAUUUGGCCAAAACUUAUAACAAUAUAGGUUCAAUGUAUUCACACAUGCGUGAACACUCACGAGCUCUGGAGAACUAUAACAAAGCACUCGAAAUUCUGCAGAGAACUCUUCCAUUGACUCAUUCUAACCUAGCCACCUGUUACAACAACAUAGGUACAGUGUAUUCUGAUAUGGGCGAAUACACAAGAGCUCUUGAAAAUCACCAGAAGGCACUUGAAAUCUGGCGCAAAGCUCUGCCACCGUUUCAUCCUAAUAUAGGAAAGGGUUACAAUAACGUUGCAAGUGUACACUCUAACAUGGGUGAAUACCUUCUAGCCUUGGAAAACUACAAUCAGACACUUAGUAUUCAGAAGGAAGUUUUGUCACCAACACAUCCAGACUUGGGCACCACUUACAACAAUCUAGGUUUCAUAUAUUCCGCCAUUGGUCAACAUACAAGAGCACUGGAGAAUUAUAGUGAAGCGCUGAAAAUUCGACAGAAACAUCUGCCACUAACGCAUCUCGAUCUAGCCAGUACUUACAACAACAUAGGUACGGUGUAUUCUGACAUGAGUGAGUACUCAAAAGCUCUUGAAAGUUACGAGAAGGCUCUUACUAUUUAUCGAAAAUCUUUACCACUUACUCAUCUCAAACUAGCCAAGGGUUAUAAUAACAUCGCCAGUGUAUAUUUCAAUAGGGGCGAACACGCAAGGGCUCUUGAAAAAUACAAGAAGGUUCUCGAAAUUCAACAAAAAGUUCUAUCACCGACGCAUCCUGAUUUAGCAAAUACGUACAAUAAUAUGGGUGCAGUGUAUUCGGCUAUGGGCCAAUACACGAGAGCUCUUGAAAAUCACAAGAAGGCACUAGCAAUUCGACAGAAAACUCUACCGUCCACACAUCCAGAUUUGGGCACCACUUACAACAGCAUAGGUACCGUAUAUUCCGCUAUUGGCCAAUAUACAAGAGCACUGGAAAAUUAUCACAAGGCACUGAAAAUUCGUCAGAAAGCUCUGUCGCCAACUCAUUCUGCUUUGGGCGGUACUUAUACUAACAUAGGAAUAGCAUAUUCUGAUAUGGGCGAUCAUUCACGUGCUCUGAAGAACUACAAGAAAGCGUUAGAAAUCCAACGAAAAGCUCUUCCACCAACUCAUUCAGCUGUAGCCACGUGUUACAACAAUAUCGCUGGCGUCUAUUCUGGUAUCGGUGAGCAUUUAAGAGCUCUUGAAAAUUACGACAAGGCACUGGAUAUUUACCGGAAAUCUCUUCCACGAACUCAUCCCAAUUUAGCUAAGAGUUACAAUAACAUUGCCAGCGUGUACUCCAACAUGGGUGAACAUCCACGAGCUCUCGAAAACUAUAAGAAAGCGUUCGAAGUUCUACUUGAAACAUUACCACGAGUGCAUCCCAAUCUCGCUACAGCUUAUAACAACAUAGGUGUGGUAUACUAUGUUAUGGGCGAAUAUCCAAGAGCUCUUGAAAACUAUAAUCGAGCACUUGAAAUUCAACUACAGGUUUUUUCAUGGAAUCACCCGGCUAUUAGUACGACUUACAACAAUAUGGCUUUGGUUUAUUUUGCCAUGGGCGAUCGUCCGAGGUCUCUUGAAAACUAUGACAAAGUGCUUGAAAUUCUACAAAAAGCUUUGCCGGGAAUUCAUCCAAAGCUCGCCACCGCUUACAACAAUAUUGCGUUAGUGUAUUCUGAUAUGGGUCAUCAUUCAAGAGCUCUAGAAAACUAUCAUAAAGCGCUGGAUAUUCUACAAAGAACCCUUCCGCCAACCCAUCCUAACCUAGCUAGCUUGUACAGCAACAUAGGUUUAGUGUAUUAUCAAAUGGGCGAAUAUGCGAGAGCUCUUGAGAACAACAACAAGACACUUGAAAUUCAACAGAAAAUGUUGCCACCAACUCAUCCAGAUUUAGCCAAAACUUACAACAACAUAGGUUCUAUAUAUUCCUAUAUGCGUGAACACUCACGAGCUCUGGAGAACUAUAACAAAGCACUCGAAAUUCUGCAGAGAACUCUUCCAUCGACUCAUCCUAACAUAGCUACCUGUUACAAUAACAUCGCAGAUGUGUAUUUAAACAUGGGUGAACACUCAAAAGCUCUUGAAAACUAUAACCAGACACUUGCUAUUCAGAAACUAACUCUGCCACCGACUCAUCCUAGUCUAGCCAAGAUUUAUUUUAAGAUAGGCUUAACAUUCACCAGACUGAGUGAAUAUUCCAAAGCACUGGAAUAUUACGAGAAGGCAGUUCAAACAAGUCGGACUGUCUUAUGA